UGUACAGUAGUCUCUGUGUGCCCUCUGUGAAGGACAAGAAACUUUUUUUUGUUAUGGAGACAUUGUACUAGUAGAAGGACACAAGUAUUGCCAUCGUUGUAAUAAAGAUUUUCUCUCAACAGGCAAAGAAAAUACAUCCACUAUGUCCACGGAAGAACCGAGAACGACGGGUCGCGCCACGGCCGCCGCUGUGGUUGGUGGCGUUCGCUCGGGGCGGCGGCAGCGCAUGGGCACGUCGACCGGCCCGACGUCGGGAAGCGGGGCGAGCACAAAGAAGUUUUCGGGCAACAACGAGGACGGCGUCGGGCCGAAAAUUCACCCGGCGCUGUUUUUGGGUCUCACCUUUGUCUUCAUGAUCGUCCUCCUCUGCCUGCAGUUCUUCGCCAAGAUUUCCAAGGUCUCCGCACGCUUUGACACUACUGGGUCUGGCGGGUCCGAGAUGUAAAACUCAAUAGAAGAUACGAUGUUGACAACUACCCCAACUUCAGCUAGCAUGCAUGUCUUGGUCGGGCUUCGUAGUAGAAACCUGCGUGUCACGACGAAUCCGAUCCGGUGGAGGUAGAUGAACACGGGUUAUUUUGCUGUGUGGCCGGUGUGAUCUCUCGUCCGGAUUUGAUGAGUAGAUCAGUUCACCCGAGGACUGCUUCUGUGACAAGUGCGAAAAUAAAGGGGGAUUGAAGAAUGGCACUACAGCCGCCCAAGAGAACGCCUAGAAGCAGCAUGCUGCAACCUGGUCGUGCGCUAUUGAUUUUAAGUCCUUAAUACCGCCCCAGUUGAUGUGUAUUUUCCCCCGUAGAAUAGAUCUCUACUCGCUGUCUCUACUGGUAGGUGGCAGCGACCCAAAAUUUGGUCGGGAUCUACGUGGCGAGCUACAAUAAUUGGUGCGCAGUUUGUUGUGCACCGCUCGUCCGCUGGUGUCCCAGCAUCCGUCUGCCAGUCUUGCGAAGAUGUUCUACACGCGUUGGCUCUUGAUGAUGUAUAAAUAUUCAACACUAAAAGAUCUAUUACCGACGAGGAGCACAGCGUCGUUCUUGCGCAAAAUUAAAGCGAUCCUUAACACAGCCAAAAAUACAGCAACAGCAUUGCGCCCGCGACCUCAACAGCACUUGAAGCAAUUUGAUGAAUAUGAUAUGGAAUUACGCCAUGCCCAUAUACAACUACUAAUUGAUGCGCGUCCGCAUUAGAAAACUUUAGUUUUCAAUUUGCUAUAUCAGAAGAACGCAAAUUCC